AUGCCGCACAACACGUCGUCGUCGUCGUUGUUCGGACGGCUAUCGACUUCGACAAGAUCGAGUUUUUUGUCACCAAAGGAGGUGCGAUGCAAUGUCCACAUGUUGCAUGACUCCGAUAUAAUAGCCAACGAGUUUCCUAGGACGCAACCUGCUCAAACAGUGCUUGAUUACAUUUGCGAAUUGAAGAAAAUUCAGGAGAAGGAUUUUCUUGGCCUUCGAUACCAGGAUCACAACAAACAUCGUUAUUGGCUAGAUUUGACACGAUCGAUUGGUCACGUUGUUAAGCAGUUUCGAAACGAAAUUAGAAAAGUCGGCAAAACCGAAAACUUGACAUUACAUUUGCGAUUCCGUUACUAUCCGGCGGAGCCAACGCGCAUUCGUGAUGCCAAUUUGAGAUACCAUUUGUUUGUGCAGCUUCAACGCGAUCUGCUGCACGGACGUCUGUAUUGUCCGCAGACGCAAGCCGCCGAACUCGCGGCGCUCAUUCUCCAAGCACAAAUCGGCGAUUACAACGAGGAUCAACUACCGUCGAACUACGUCAGUGGCUACAAACUAUUAUUGCGUCAGACGCCGAAACUCGAGGAGCGAAUCGCUUCGAUCCAUAAGGAAUUGAAAGGCAAGUCGAUAGCUGAAGCUGAAUUGGAGUUUCUGGAGAAGGCCAGUCAGCUCGACACGUAUGCGUUCGAUCCGUACACCAUCAAAGAUCCGCAGGACACGUCGAACGCGGUGUAUCUUGGCGCGUCGGCGAAGGGGAUUUUGAUCUACACGGGCACGAUGAAAUCGCACCACAUCCAUUGGUCGGAGCUCGCCAAUGUCGAUUAUUCGGGACGCGAGCUGAAAUUGACAAUCGCCGAGAAUUAUCAGCCGCCGGCGCCCAGCGCCACCGCGUCGCCGACGAGCACAAUCGAUCGCGCGAAUGGGCCGACGUCGCCGGAGAAGAACGUCACGAAGAAGGCAGGAGCUCAGACGUUGAAAUAUGUGUGUCCGAGCCAUCAAUUCGCAAAACAUUUAUGGAUCCAUAUCCUCUCGCAGCAGGCGUUCUUCAAUGAGUCGUCGGCGCAAGAGGUGAAAUUGCGAUUCUCGAAGCCAAGAAUACCGCUGUUGUCGCGCGGCAGCACGUUCCGAUUCCCGUCGCGUCGCGUUUACAAAGAGAUCGAGGAGAGCUUCUCGGCCGAGGAGAACCACAGCGAUUUCCCCCAUGAUCAGACUCAUACGGAUAAUGAGCUUAACACGUCGUCGGUGAGUGUGCCGACUGUCGUGCGGUACGAGCUGCCGCGACAGGAAAUGCGCGUCGAGCAGCCGUGGCUCACCAAAUCAACGAACUCGUCGCUCAAAGCCUCGGCUCACUAUGAUAAUUCUGAUCCGUCAUCCUCGUCGGAUCAGGAAAAUAAUAACAAUAAUAAGUUGAAGUCAACAAAUCUAAACAUCUCAUUUGAUCUACCCAAACUUGACAAGCAUGAUGACACCCCAUCGACUUCCGAAGCCAUCAAAGCGCCGGAGUUUGUGCACACCGUUUCGCCGUCGGACCGCAACCAGGAGCGCGCCGAGAGCCUUGAGAAGGAGUUCAACACGAAUGUCGACAAUUGUUCGCCGCCGGGAGAUCCGCUAGCGUCGAGCACACCGCGAGCUGCUGAAAAGAAGAAUAGCGAUGUCAAUUUGAACGGAAAACUGCCGAAAAUUGCGGAAAAUGGGGACUUGAAGACGUUCUCAAACGGCCAUACAGUAGUUGAGAAACUGGAGAAGCCAAAUCGGAGUUUGGCGUCGAAAAUCACCAAUAGUUUAUUUGUGUUGUUCCUAUUCGCAUUACUCCUCAUUGCCAUUGUGAUUUGUGUGUUUGAGAGAUCUGACAGCUACCAGAACGAUUGGGUGGAGGGAGACAAGAGGUUGUCCGAGCUCCGCCAUCAAUACUAUGAGCCCGCUCGACAUUAUGUCUUGGAGCAAUACCGGCGCGUUUUUGGAGCCGCCAAGUAG